UUCAUCCUCUCUUCUUUAAUAACCCUGAAAAAGCACUCUUCUUCUCUCUCUCUCUCUCUCUCCUGCGUCCCAGUUUUCUCUCUCUAAAAAUCUCUUGAUCUGAAUACUGAGCUCCGUCGUAUAUCUAUAUUAGCAAUACAUGUAUAUAUAUUCGAAUAUUAUCUACUGCGACCACACAUUACUGUCUUAGUGCUUCGUUGAUGAAGCCUCCUUUGAUGCUGUUCUGUUUAUUUCGAUUGGUUUAUUGGCACGCAGAUAAUAAGCGGCAGGAUUGUUCUUUUCUGUGUUAAAUGUGAAAUAAUGGAUAAUUCUGAGGUUGAAGAAAAUUUAUGCUCAAUUGGUGAACCUAAGCUACAUGGAGGAAUGUGCAAGAGUCUAUCUGCCAUCUAUGCAAAAGUGUUGGGAAUUUUUCCUGAACUGGAAGCGGCUCGACCAAGAAGCACUACAGGUAUUCAGGCAUUGUGUGCUCUGCAUAUAGCCCUUGAGAAGACAAAGAAUAUUCUUCAGCACUGUGCUGAAUGCAGUAAACUAUACCUGGCAAUAACUGGAGACUCUAUUGUACUUAAAUUUGAGAGAUCAAGAUGUGCUCUUCAAGAUGGUCUAAAUCGGGUUGAAGAUAUAGUUCCACAAACCAUUGGUUGUCAGAUUUCUUCAAUUCUAAGUGAACUUCAGGGGAUUGAGUUCUCAAUCGAUCCAAUUGAGAAACAGGUUGGUGAUGAUAUAAUUGCAUUACUUCAGCAAGGAAGGAAGUUCAAUAGAAAUGAGAGCGACAAUAGUGAACUUGAAACUUUUCACCAGGCUGCUUCUAGACUUGGUAUUACCUCUUCAAGGGCAGCUCUUAGAGAAAGAAGGGCUUUGAGAAAACUCAUGGAAAGAGCACAGGCUGAAGAAGACAAAAGGAAGGAGUCAAUUGUUGCUUAUCUGAUGCACCUACUAAGAAAAUACUCAAAGUUAUUUAGAAGUGAACUCUCAGAUGACAAUGAUUCACAGGGUUCAACGCCAUGCUCUCCAACGGUUCAGGGAUCUCUAGAGGAUGGUAUUGGACCAGGAGGCCAUGUCCAUGCCUUUGAUCGCCAACUUUCAAAGCUGAGUUCUUUUAAUUUCAAACCGAACUUUGGGAGAUCAGACCACAUGCCUAUCCCUCCUGAAGAGUUGAGGUGUCCAAUCUCAUUGCACCUAAUGUUUGACCCAGUGAUUAUUGCUUCUGGGCAAACAUAUGAAAGGGUUUGUAUUGAGAAGUGGUUUAGUGAUGGGCACAACACAUGCCCUAAAACUCAACAGGAGCUUCCUCAUCUUGGUUUGACUUCUAAUUACUGUGUGAAAGGUUUGAUUGCUAGUUGGUGUGAACACAAUGGAGUUCCUAUUCCAGAUGGCCCACCUGAGUCUCUUGACCUCAACUACUGGAGGCUGGCAUUUUCUCAAAGUGAAUCUGCAAAUUCCCAAUCAAUUGAAAGCAUUGGCUCCUGCAAGCUCAAGGGUAUUAAGGUGGUCCCUUUGGAGGAUAGUGGUAUCAUUGAGGAGGCCGAAGGGAACGAAGUAGAUUCUUCUGCACUUGACGAUGAAUUCCAGUCUAAUGCCAUUGAAAGAUAUGAUGAUUUGUUAGCCAUUUUAGACCAAGAGGUUGAUUUAAGGAAAAAGUGCAAAGUGGUAGAACAGAUAAGACAUUUGGUAAAGGAUGAUGAAGAAGUCAGGAUGUAUAUGGGGGCAAAUGGUUUUAUUGAGGCUUUGAUGCUGUUUUUGGAGUCUGCUGUCCAAGCUAGAAACGAGAUGGCUCAGGAAAUUGGAGCCAUGGCUCUCUUCAACCUUGGCGUAGAUAAUAAUAGAAACAAAGAAACGAUGUUGGCAGCCGGAGUACUUCCAUUUUUGGAGAAAAUGAUUGCUAAUUCUAGCUCUAUUGCUGCAGCAACGGCCCUCUACCUGAACCUUUCCGGCCACGAAGAAGCCAAGCCUGUUAUUGGAACCAGCGAAGCUGUGCCCUUCUUGAUCGGGGUCCUUCAGCAAGAGACUGAUCCCCAGUGCAAGCUGGAUGCUCUCCACACACUUUUUAACCUCUCCACCCUUCCAACCAACAUACCGCACCUUAUGUCAGCCGGGAUAACUGAUGGUCUUCUCGCUGUGAUGACACACUCCGAUGAUCAUGCCUGGGCAGAAAAAUGCGUAGCUGUUCUUAUCAACCUGGCUUCAAGCAAGCCCGCAAAAGAUGAAAUCAUAUCAGCUCCCGGCCUCAUCAGCAGGCUCUCGUCUAUUUUGGACUUAGGCGAGCCUCCGGAACAGGAACAAGCUGCUGCGUGUCUUGUAUUACUCUGCAAUGGAAACGAGAAAUGCAGCCAGAUGGUCCUCCAAGAAGGCGUGAUACCUUCUUUGGUAUCAAUGUCUGUGAACGGAACGAUGCGAGGAAAACAGAAAGCUCAGAAGCUCUUGAUGUUGUUCCGCGAACAGCGACAGAAAGAACCCUCAACAGCAGCUAAGACAACUCAGCCUGAGGACAGCGAUUCUGCCACGCCUGCUGAAAACCCGAAACCACUGACCAAGUCGACCUCGAAAAGAAAACUUGGAAAAGCUCUGAGUUUUUUGUGGAAGAACAAAAGUUUUUCUGUAUACCAGUGUUAGAUUAUUCUGUUUAGCCUGUAAAAUCCUCUCUGUUUUUAUAUAUAUUCACCUGUCCCCAAUAGGCUAUUUAGCUUUCAGAAAAAGAGAUGUACAGUUGUAAUAUAUGGAUCUUUUUUUCCUCUCCCGUUUUAGAAUAGCCAACCGGUUAAAGUUUCCAACACGUA